CUUGGACAGAGUAGAGAUAACUCUGACGACUUGUGAUAAUAUUUUGAAAAUUUCUGUUUUAAAAAGUACAAUUUACAAAUGGCUGCUAGACAUAUUCCACACACUAUGAGGAAGCUUAUUGGCACUAAGCUGAGUCCAAACUUCAGAGAGGCGACGGCGAUUGUUGAAGCUCCUGUACCUCAGCCAGGACCCAGUGAAGUUCUUGUCCACAACAGAUUUGUCGGGAUAAAUGCAUCUGACAUCAACUUCACUGCUGGGAGAUAUUUACCCUCUUUGGAGGCACCUUAUGAUGUUGGAUUUGAGGGACUGGGCGAAGUUGUGUCUGUAGGAGCAGACAGCAAGCUGAAGAUUGGUCAACCGGUCAUUUAUGCAAAGUUUGGGGCUUUUGCCGACUAUAAGGUUGUAUCCUCGAAAUCGGUUAUACCAGUACCAUCUGCUAAACCAGAGUUCUUGUCACUCAUUGUUAGUGGAUUGACAGCUGCACUCAGUCUUGACAAGAUAGGUGAAAUAAAAAAAGGAGAAAAUGUCCUUGUCACAGCUGCAGCUGGUGGCACAGGACAAUUUGCAGUUCAGAUAGCUAAAGAAGCUGGCUGUCAUGUGAUCGGAACAUGCUCAUCAGAUGAUAAAGUCAAGUUUUUACAGACUAUAGGCUGUGAUCGGCCUGUCAAUUAUAACAAGGAGAGUCUUAAAGAAGUUCUUAAAAUGGAAUAUCCAGAUGGUGUGGAUGUUGUGUAUGAAUCAGUGGGAGGAGAAAUGUUUGAUCUUUGUGUUAACAAUCUUGCAGUAAAAGGUAGACUGAUUGUGAUUGGGUUUAUAUCUGGGUACGAGAGUGCAACUGGAUUCAAGCCUUCACGUACAGCAACAUUACCAACAAAGCUUCUUUCAAAGUCGGCCAGUGUCCGUGGUUUCUUUCUCAAUCAUUUCUGGAAUGACGCAGGUCCGGUCAUGGCCAAACUUGUCCAGCAGGUUUUAGAUGGUAAACUCCGAGUCAGCAUUGACAAGGGUGAAAAUACUAACCACGGACCCUUUACUGGACUGGAUAAGAUCCAGGAUGCUGUGGAUUACAUGUAUUCAAAACAAAACAAGGGCAAGGUCAUUGUGGAACUGAUAUCAGAACAGAGCAAGUUGUGAUAGAGAAAUAUUUAGCAUUACAAGCUUGUAUCAACUUGUAAUCAGGAAGACGUAAUUGUCUGGUGAUUGUAACAAUGAAUAUGUUGCAGUUGAAUCUGCUACCUUGCUGUGAUCAAGACAAUGAAGAAAUGUAUGACCAGGAAAUUGUCAUAAAUAUAUAUAACAAAUCACUUGAUGAACAAUGGGAACUGUAAAUCUGAACACAUGUAACUCGAACAAAUGAGUGAAACAUUGACAGCUAAUCUGUGUUGUAAUGUGCAGAUUGUAAUUAGCAAACAUAAUUAUUGUUUAAUUUCACCUCGGUACAUUUUAAACUACGGCCAUUUGGUGUCCAAUGUAGUUGUUUCAACAUUUGGUCAAUAGAGAGAGAAAACCUGUUGCUACUACAUCAGCUAUUCUUACCAAAAAAAUACAGGAAUGGAUCAUUUAUAUGCACAUUCUAUCUAGACAUCCUAUAAUUUAAACAAAAAGAGUGACGUUUUAUUUUUCAAAGUAAAAACCUGAAUUUGGGACUUUUAUCUGAUAAUGAUCAGGACUUCAGAUUGUAUCAAAUUUAAGACAGUAAACAUUGUGCCCAAAAUACAAAUUCUCCAAAUAACCAUGCACAAAUUAAGUACAAAUAUGAUGACUUUAGAAGAUUUCACCUCAAAACCUGUGAAAUGUUAAACUUUAAUUAAAUUAAAAUACAUGUAGCUUGAAAUGCAUUUCUGAAUAUCAACAAC